AUGGAAAGGGGAAUUGGGAUUGGGGCAGCAGAAUCAAUGAGAGGCGCCGCCGUGGACGGGGGCGGUGAAGAUGGCGGCAGCUGCGGUUUUGCAAGAGAGCAGAGGGAGAGAGUGAGUGGCGGCGAGUGGAUGAGAGAGAGAGAGAGGGUGAAUGGGAGUGGGUGUGAUGAGAGAGAGAGAGAGAGAAACCGGCAGUGUGAUGGUGGUGGCCGGCGGUUGCUGUCAGCGGCGGAGGGAAGAGUGAGAGGGGAAUCUGAGAUGGGGGAGGUGGUGACAGGGAGAAGAAGAGGGAUAAGAGGGAAGGUAGGGGUGGGUGGUGACGGCGGCACAGCCGCCGGCGGUAAUGAGGAUGGUUGCGGAAAGGGAGAGGAAGAAGACGGUGGAAAUGGGAGGUAG